UUCCGAAAUGUUAGCAACACCUUUUAAUAUAUGGCAUGUGGCUGGAGUGGUUUUAGUCUUGGCAAAAUCCCUGGAAGCAGGACUGUUGCCAGAUAGAGGAAGCAAUUCGAAUAGCUCUGUCGGAUUAUUCACCCCAAAUCAGCAUGGCGAAUGCAAGAUGCUGCAGACCAAUCUUUUCCUGCUCGAUCUGGCUUGUGUUUUGAAGAAAAAGGCCAGGGCAACCGCUCACGAGUUGACCUCCCCCUCACUGGCUGCUUGUAAAAGAGUCUGCUGUGAAUGGUCAGAGGGGCCAUGUGACUUGGUGUAUUGGAAUAGGUACCACAAGUGCGUUGUGAUGAACUAUUACGUGCUAAGCUUGUGUCCGCUCAUGUCACCAACUCUAACCUACCCAGGAAGCUACACUUUCACUUUACUGUUGAGCAUCACCCAGAGAGUUUCACCUGCACUUAAGCAGCAUUUGCUGUUAAAAGGAUACAGUUCUCGAAUUGCUGAAUUCCUGGGAUGUGGAGCUAAUUCCUUUGUAUGUAACAACUGGCAAUGUAUUGAGAAGGGACAAGUAUGUGAUGGUAUUCAGCAUUGUGUUGAUAAUUCUGAUGAAAAUCAAUGUCCCCAAAUUAUUGUAGCUUCGCAAGGGGAUAAAUGCAUCGACUUCAAGGGAAACUUUGUUGAUAAUGGUGCUGAGUACACACCUUUCGGGAAAGCAGACGAAUGCCAGAUGUGUAUUUGCGGCAACAACAGCCAACCCUCCUACUGUUAUUCCCCCACAUGCAACAGCAGGAUGUUGACGGAUUGCGAGGGCCCAAACCCAGAUAUUUGCUGUCGUUGUGACAAAUCGGGACGAAAUCACCCAGAUGAACCAACGGACUCGGAAGAAAAUGACAUGUUUGUCAACCUAUCUGGAACUCAACGUCUUAUAGUGAGUUGUAUGUCAGUGCUUGUGGUCGUCACUCUUUUGCUCUUUUUCUCUCGGAAUCUGAUGCACAGAGCACGAGGUGCAAUUAUCCCGAGUCGACAUAGAAGAGAUAGAUCCCAUAACACAUGGAUGUCACAACAGUCACUUCCACCUACAAGAGCCUUCAUGGGACGUUACUGUAGCAGCAGUGAUCGUAUGAGUUUUGUUGACCCCAAUGAUAGCGAAGACAUGUCCGAACCCCCACCCUCGUACAGUUCGUUGAAACCAGCCACCCGGAACGAACGUGGGUCAAGGUCUUCAAGCGGGGAAUCACCCCCCUCGUACAACGCAAGCAUCACCUUACCACCAGCAAGUCCAGAAGCUACGUCAUCGUCGAGUGCGAACAACCGCGACGACCAGGUCACGCAGUCAACCGUGUCCGAACACGUGAUACAAUCCGAGCCAAUCAGAAACGAGGAACCAAUCAGCCCCGUUAGUACAACUUCAUGCAGUCCACUACUCGUCGAGGAACACGACCAGUGACGUCAUCACGACGUUAGAAACGAUUUAGUGACGUCAGAAAUAAUACGUGACGUCAUCCAGGUUUAGUUUGUCUGGUUUCCCCAUUUUCGUUGUUAAAUUUAUUGUUUAAAAUUUCGGCAACUGAUAUACCGGGUUUUUGAACCUGCUGUAUUUAAAUAGAUGCGUUCAUUUUAUCAGUGUUUUUUAUCGCCCGAUACUUUGUUUCGCCAUUUUUGAUCUGUUUUUGAUCAAAAUAUGGUCUUCAAAGAUUUAUCUAGCAAUUGUAUCACACGUCGCAUAGGUUCUUUAACACGCGUAUGUGUCGCUUUAAACUAGUUUAAACCAGUUUAAACCAGUUACAGGCGGCGCGUAAUUGUGGUUUAACCUUCAGGAGUUCGUUUGUUGAAGCGUUAAGAUUCGCGGUUCUUACUGUAAUUUUAGUUGCGAUUUCUUGGUUUACGCUGCGUGGUAUAAAGACCUGUGUAAUAGUAUUACUAAGUAUGAAACGCGUGUUAAGAAAAAAAAGAGUAUAUUUAUUCUUUUUUUAUACUGUGAAUUGAGUUGUGCUGUUUUUUUAGCACAAAGCUACGUAUCUGUUGCGUAAAACUACAACGAACGAUAAAAAAUCACCCAACUAGUUUUGUAUGAAGUAAUUGACGUUCGUUUACAGUUUACAGUUAUUUCCUAAUUGCCACCAUUUUUUAUUUCCCACAUGGUUUGUUUUCCCGCACUUUUUGCUUAAAGCGUUCAUUGUACAUUCCUGUUAAUUGUGAAGUUUUAAAGCCGCUGCAGAGAGAAGCUUAUUAAUAAAACUAUAAACUGCAAAAUAAAGGUUUUUAACAGUGGAGUUUUACACAAA